CAAACAGAUAGGCAAAGAACUCCCAGAUCAGCUCUGCACAGAUAAGUUUGAAGCGGCAUCCUGCAUCCAUCGAUAGAUAUCGACAUGGCGCCGGCUCCCGCUCGAGCUAUUGCAGUGGUGCUGCUCACGUUCGUCUGCUGUGGGUGCGCCAUGGCCGCGGACCAAGCACCGGUCAAAUGGCUGAGGGCGCACGCGACCUUCUACGGCGGCGCCGAUGCCUCUGACGCUAUGGGUGGAGCAUGCGGGUACGGUAAUCUGUACUCGGCGGGGUACGGUACGCGGACGGCGGCGCUGAGCACGGUGCUGUUCAACGACGGUGCGGCAUGUGAACAGUGCUACAAGAUCACAUGCGACCGCAAGCUGGCAGAUCCGAUGUGGUGCAGACCAGGCGUCUCGGUGACGGUGACCGUCACGAACUUCUGCCCGCCUAACAACGCGCUUCCGAGCGACAACGGCGGCUGGUGCAACCCGCCGAGGCCACACUUUGACAUGGCGCAACCGGCCUGGGAGAAGAUCGGCGUUUACAAGGGCGGCAUCAUCCCCGUCAUGUACCAGAGGGUCCCAUGCGUGAAGAAGGGUGGGGUGCGGCUGAAAAUCGAUGGUCAUGAUUACUUCAAUCUAGUUACUGUGAUGAACGUCGCAGCUGCCGGCUCAAUUAAAUCGAUGGAUGUCAAGAGCUCUGAUUCAAAUGAUUGGAUGCCAAUGUCCCGUAACUGGGGUGCCAACUGACACUCUCUAGCAAAUCUUACUGGUAAAAUGCUCUCAUUCAGGCUGAUUGACACAGAUGGACAGACAAUCGAGUUAAAGAAUAUUGUGCCCGGUGGAUGGAAGUUCGGACAAACAUAUGCAAGCAAACAACAGUUCAAGUGAUCAUUUCUCCGGUGAUCACUUUAGAAUAUGAUUGGUUAAUGAACGUACCAUCAUACGUAUAUUGUAGCAAUAUUGUUCAAUUUAAUUUAUUUGUGUGGUGGUGCUCAAUUACAUUAAUUGAUCCACUACUUUGUAUAUAAAUUACAUCGAUUCAUUUGAUAAACACAUGUAACAUCCUUGUAUGUGCUUAAGUUGUUCUAAUUUUAUAUAAAUUUAGAUGGUGUCCACAAA